UGUUUUUCCUUUUUCCAUUUUUAUAAUCUUAUUUGGUAAAACAAAGUAAUCCAAAAGCAACGUUGACUCAUGCUUAAUAUAUCUCCAAUCUUAUUCCAAACAACUACUUGCAACCUAAACAAACCAACAACUAAACAAACAAACACAUUCUCAUUAUUCAUUCCUCAAAUUCCCAUUAACAAAUGUAACAAAACCAAAACCGUUCUUUUCUUUAUCAACAACAAAAAUGGAAAAUCGUCAAAGAAUAACACUCUACGAUCAAAUAACAUCAUCAAGUAACACAACAAGCAACACUCGAAGCUCACUCGCAACGUUAAUCCAAAACGACGCCGUCUUCGCCAUUCAAAAAACCCGAAACCAAACUCUCUUAGACAUCAUACGAGAAAACGAACCAAACAACGUUGUUGAUAACAGCAACAAUACAAAAGAUCGAAAGUCGUGGAAAGCUUUUAAGGAGUUAGUACUUCGUAUAAAGCGUCGUAACUCGGACGAGUCAACUCAACAAGAGCAGCUACAACAACAAGAAAACGAUGUCGUUCGGGGAGAUCUGAACAAUUCGGAUCCGGUGGAAUUACUCGCCGGCGGUGAGUUCUCCGACGAGGAAAUUAACGUGAAUAGUUCGGAGACGGUGCAGGUUAGUAUGUCGCUGAUGGCUUUGUUAGAGGAGAGUGAAAUUGAUUUGGAUCGAAUCGGUGAUGUUGAUGAUGAAGGUGAUGACGUGGAUGAGAAAGGAGAAGAAGAAGAAGAAGGGGAUGUUUCGGUGGAACGCAAUUGCUGCGUGUGUAUGGUGAGGCAUAAAGGUGCAGCGUUUAUACCGUGUGGACACACGUUUUGCAGGAUGUGUUCAAGAGAGCUUUGGGUGAGUAGAGGAAAUUGUCCUCUUUGCAAUAAUUUGAUUUUGGAAGUUCUUGAUAUUUUCUAAUUAUUCUCUCAAUUUUUAUUCACUUUCUAAUUUUUAGUUUUCA